UUCGACCGUCUUCUUCACUUUGCACACCAAGCCUCCUUUUCUCACUUCAUCUUUCCUAGAGUCUCUUUGUUCAUGACCGGCUUGCGACAUUGGAGGACCAGACGCACUCACGCUGGUUGGUUCACAGCCAUUUCUUGUCUUCCUUGAUCUCUACCACAUCACGCGUGAGGAACUUUAACAUUUUGAGUCGCGCGACCGAAACCACAUCGACGACUCGCCAUGGCGCCUCAGGCGACGGAGAGCAAGCCGAUGUACCAGAAGGACGAGAGAGCACUGUGCUUCCACGGCGAGUUGCUGUACGAAGCCAAGGUGCUCGAAGUCCGGAGGACCGAUCCAAAAGACAAGACCAGCGCUCACGAAUAUCGAGUCCACUACAAAGGGUGGAAGAAUACUUGGGAUGAUUGGGUGCCCCAAGAUCGACUGCGCAAGCUCACAGAUGAGAAUCGAGAACUCGCAGCCAAUUUGAAGAAAGAGCUGGCCGCAGCAAACGCCCCCAAAGUCGCCCCAAAAUUCACAGGCAAAACCCGACGUGGUCAAGGCUCAGAAUUCGGUUCUGGCCGUGGCAGCGAAGAACGUACAUCAUCCGUCCCUGCCGCCGGUGGUAGAGGUUCGAAGCGCGCAAGAGAUAACGAUAUUGAAAAGGAAGAUUCGUUCAAUGCUCGCUCAACCAUUCGCAUGCCGAUGCCAGACAACCUCAAGAACCUGCUCGUUGAUGACUGGGAGAACGUUACAAAGUCGAUGACGCUUGUCCCUCUCCCGAGCAAGGCUCCCGCGAACUUCAUCUUCGACGAAUACUUUCAACAAGAGAAGGUCAACAGAAUCCCUGGAUCUGCCGAAUACGAGGUACUAGAGGAAUUCGUCGUGGGUAUGAAGCAGUAUUUUGAGGCUACCGUCGGCAAACUCCUAUUGUAUCGCUUCGAGCGUCCUCAAUGGCAAGACGUAAGUUCAGAAACACGCGAAGACGCAUUGGAUUUUACUGACAUGACGACUUUACAGGUUCGCAAGCUCUGGGAAUCUGGAAAGUACAAGGAGUGGGAAGGUUGUGGCCCAGGCGAUUGCUAUGGAGCUGAGUUCGUUGCUCGGAUGCUCACGAAUAUGGGAGAACUCACUGCGCAGACCAACAUGGAUGACAAGCAGGUUGCGAGGUUGAAGACUGAGGUGGGCAAGUUCGGCGUGUGGUUAUCGAUCAAUAGCAAGCGCUUUUUCUGCGCCAAAUACGAGAAGCCGAGUGCCGAGUAUCUCGAGAAUGCUCGUUAAGGGACCAAGGGUUGGGUCUCUCGACGAUAUGAAUCAGGAAGAGUCAUUCAAUGAGGUUUGACCAACGAAGUGCAUCACAAAUACCCAAA